AUGUGUGUAAGUCUCCUUCAAGCCAAUCCAACCUUUUUAAAUGAGUGUCUAAAUAGAAUUACCUAUGUUUGUCCUGAACCGCUCGUUGCGUAUGGUUGGCCGAGAACAGCUGGUUCGCCUAUGCAAGCAAUAGCCGGUGGCAGACUCACCUGCACAACCGCAAAUCCUUUCUGGAGGACUCCUGGCCUUGUGGGCAUGAGACUGAUUACUUGCAUGUCACGUCCUCAAACUAGUAAGCUCGAAUUCACCUGCCCCGCAGGAACAAAACGUUAUAUCUACGAAGCUGUUGGCCAAGGAUAUGUUCCUGCUUCUGACACGAAUCCUAUCACUUGCAAUGACAAUGGACCUGGCUCUUCUUGGAAUACCCAAUUGGACCCACCAUUUGAAGACGCUUAUGUACAAUACGUUUCUUGCUUUUCUGAAACAUAA